AUGUUCAUCUUCUUGUUGUGGGCGACGCUGUUCCGCGGAAAGAUGAGCAUGCGCGACGUCGACCCAAUGUACACGCCGCGCGCCAAGGACAUCAAGCACGACCUCAUCGACAACAACUCAAAGGCCAUCCAGUUCCCUGCUGUUUCGCGUCGCAAAAUGGGCGAGAUGGAGUUCACGGAAGCCGAGUCGAACAUCAACGACCUCGUCUCGGAGUACGCCCAAUACCAAGAGGCCACCCCCGGAAGA